AAACAAGAACCAUGUGGCAGAGGGAAUAAGUAUGGUCCCUUCGAGUUCAAGUGAAACAUUUCACGAAAGGAAACCGAAAUCCAGACGGUAACGCGGAUGGUGAGAGUCGGUAACGCAUCAGAAAACAGCAGGUUGAGGUCAAAGCAGCCUGUGAUGUAGAAAUGAAGAUUGAUGAAAAAGUCAUCACCUAUUUUGAAUCCUGCACCUCACAAGUGGACAAAGAAGGUUACCUCUCCAAGAAGGGCGAGAUAAAGACUUCCUAUCAGAAGCGCUGGUGCAUUCUGAAGGGGAACCUCCUCUUCUACAAGGACCGGCCGGCUGACCGGGACGUGACAGGAGUGAUUGUUCUGGAGGGCUGCACCAUCCAGCUGUGCGAGUCCGAGGAGCAGUUCGCCUUUUCGCUGGUGUGGAGCGAGCCGGGACUGCGAACGUACAAGUUUGCUGCCGAGGACCAGGCCAGUCAGGAGAGCUGGAUCAAAGCCCUGCUGUCUGCCAACCACAGCUACCUGGCCCUGCUGGUGAUGGACCUGGAGAAGAAGUACAGAGAUGCAUUAGGGGAGUUCGCCAGUGAACCAGCCAACCCGUUCAUCAUGCCAGAUUUCAGCACGGCAGAAGCGGGAUAUCCUGCAGCCAAUCGGAGCACACUACCUGCAGCGCUACCUUUGUAUCCAGCGGCAGGUGCGGGAGCAGGACCCAGUCUGAGCGCCAAUCAGAUGCUUCAACCUAUUAGCAUUUCGUCCAAGUCAGCCAAUAAGAAAUCGCCCAAACUCUGGCCCAAGAGGAGCGCAAAUGUUGUGCCUGUUAACACUCCCGCUCCGCCUCUGGGGGAGUGGUCAGGGGUCUGUUUAAGCACCAAGGAGGAUUUUAUUAAGUUGCAUGAAGAUUUUGGAAAAGAGGUGAAGGAGCUGAUUGUUGAUUGGUCAAAGAGGGGACAAGGUGAAGAUGUUCAGAAUGAAAACUUAAUUGAUUUUGGAUAAGUGUGAAAUUUAACAGUUUCUUAACCUUAAUUUCAAUAACUGUGGUUGCAUUACAAAGCUACAGUAUUAUAUAUAUAUGAAUUAGAAAUACAACAAUUAUUGUUGAGAUGUAUUUGUGUAUAUUUGUUGUUCAAGAGCAUACUGUUUAUUUUUUACUUAUUAUGCCAUAAAUGAUCUCAUGCUCUAUUGAUCUUCAUUUCUUGAUCUUGAACAGUGAAGUGAUUUUUCAAAGUGAACUUUUAAAAACAGAUCACACGCCAUAUUUUCAAAGACACUAACACCAACUGCAAGAGUGACCGCUAUCUAAUUGAUCUUUAUAUACUCUACAUAGUCCAUCUGGUCUACCUAGAUCUAUUAAAUCAGUCGGCCUGGGUGUCAUUAAAGUAAGGGACAGCACCUGACAAGUUUUACAUUCCAUGAUUGCAGAAAUAAGGAAAGAGAAACUAGUUACAUGAAAUUAGAAAGUUAAAUACAGGCACCUUAAUUCUGGUCUGCAAACAAAGACCUGCAACAUUCAUGUCCGGUUACCCGAAUGA